AUGUCUAACAUGAAUAUUUCCCAAGACGAUGAUCGAGAGGAUGAAUUUUUAAGCUCCAUGAGAACGUGGAAUACAGACUCCACCAAUACAGGACAGCUAGUUGAUGAUCCUUUUCUCUCAAUGCAAGGAAGCGAUAGUAAUAUUAUGGUUUCAGUAAGAUUGAGACCAGAAAGCGCUAAAGAAAAAAUUGAGAGAAAAACUAGUACAACUGUUCGUGUUCUAGAUAAGAAUGUACUUGUUUUUGACCCUGUAGAUACAUCACAGGACCUUCACCAACGAAGAGCUCUAGGUUUGAGACGUGGAAAAGAAUUAAGGUUUGCAUUCGAUAGAGUUUUCGAUGAUACAUCAACACAAUUAGAAGUUUAUCAAAGUACAGCAAAGGCACUUUUGGAAAGUGUCUUGGAAGGAUAUAAUGCCACCGUGUUUGCAUACGGAGCUACUGGUGCUGGUAAGACAUUCACCAUGUUUGGCUCGGAAAUUAGUGGACCUGGUGUUCUACCUCUUACAAUAAUUGAUAUCUUUAGAAUGAUGGAACAAAAACAUGACAAGACUUACCGAGUGGCAAUAUCCUUCUUGGAGGUUUACAAUGAAAAUAUUCACGAUUUACUAGUACCACAUACUGGAAAGGCAAUUAAUCACGAAAUUAGAGAAGACAAAGUGAAAGGAAUAAUAGUUUCUGGACUUUCUGAACACGUUUGCGAAAAUGCUGAUCAAGCUUUGGAACUAAUUCAACUAGGUAUUGCUAACAGAACUCAAUAUGGAACAGCUGCUAAUGCUCAAUCUUCUAGGUCUCAUGCUGUUUUUCAAAUCAAUGUUCAACAAACUGAUAGAACAGCUAAUAUUCAAGCAGAUGUAGGAAUUGGAAAAUUAUCAUUAAUUGACUUGGCAGGCUCAGAAAGAGCUUCGGUCACUAAGAAUAGAGGUGCCAGACUUGUGGAAGGUGCAAAUAUUAACAAAUCUCUGCUUGCCCUCUCGAACUGUAUUAAUGCACUUGGAAAAAACAAGGGAAAAGGUUAUGUUCCAUAUCGUAACUCUAAGCUUACAAGACUUUUGAAAGACUCGUUGGGUGGUAAUUGCAAAACAGUAAUGAUUGCAAAUUUGAGUCCAAGUUACAGUUGUUAUGACGAUACAUUCAAUACACUCAAAUAUGCCAACAGAGCCAAGAGUAUUAAGACAGUAGUCAAGAAGAAUAUCCACAAUGUAAAUUUCCAUAUUUCUAAAUAUCUGAAAAUCAUUGAUGAAUUGAGGACAGAAAUUAAAGAACUCAAGACACAAGCUCAAAUCAAAGAACAAGAGGCUUCCUACAUAGACUGUAAGAAGAAUGAACAAUACGAGAAGGAAAGGGAUUCCACUGAGAAAUUGAGAAGUCGUCUCUCUGAAGUUUUCCAAGAACAAAUGCAAAAUAGAAGAAAACUUCUUGAAUUGGAAGAACAAGAUAGACAAAACUCUCUUCAAAUAAUGUCAAUCAAGAAUGAUAUUGAGCGAUGGUCAAGAGAACAUCCAAAUGAAGAGAAACCAUUACGUAUUCAUACUAGACAAAAGGAUGCUGAUACGCUCAUAAUUGCAAAGAGGGAAUAUGUUUCCAAUAAGGAAGAAAUUGAAAAGCGUCUUCAAGAUAACAUUUCAUACACCAAGUCCUUACAAGAUAAUAUUCCAAAAAUGGUUUCCAAUAAUGAGUUGCGUCAAUUAGUGGAUCUUCAAGUUAAGGUACAUGACCAAGAGAUACUCAAUCUUGAUUUAGAGAGAAUGAUCGAACACCACAAAUCCAAAGUACAGAGAAUGUCACUUAUCUUGGAAGAUAAUCAAUAUUGCUCUGUAAAGGUAUUGGAAUAUGUACAGGAUAUGUAUGAUCGUCUUAGAGAGACUAACAGUUUAAAUCCAGAUAUUGAAAAAUCCUACUCUAUGUGUACCACUCUCCUGGACGCUAUUGAAAAACAAUCAACUCUUGAUCAUGUAAAUAAUGCCCAAUCCCAACAAAAUUCACAAUCACAGCCACCACCAAACAUUGAGACUGACUAUGAUUCAAUGGUUGAAGAAGCUCUCAAAACUCCAAAAUAUUUACACAAUGGUAUCAAGAAAAAGAGAAGAAGCUCUCUUCAAUUCUCAUCACUCUUCCAACUCUCCUUCCCAAAUAAUCCAGAAGAAAGAACUGUUAUCAAGCCAUCAGAAUUUGCUGCAAACAACUCGAAGCCAACCUCAAAAGGUAUUAGAGCCAAACGUCCUAAAGACUCACGCCCUCCAAAGUCUCAAUCUUCAGUCAAGUACAAUAACUUUUUCUCUGAACCUAUUGAAGGUGCCUCUUCUCAACAACAACCACAAAUCGAUUCCAACUCUGACAAGACUAUUUCUCCUCAGCUAUCUCCUCAAAUGAGUAAUCUUUCCCUCACUGAUGCCAUAGACAGUGGAGAAAUGAAUCCAAGCCUUACACCAGAUGAUGAUUUAAUGAUGGACGAUGGACAGGAAGUUUUAUUCCUCAAAAGACAUACAGAGCCAAGAGAUGAAGAAACCUAUCAAUCUCCAACCAAGAAAGGCAUAGAUAGCCUUGCACAACGCCACUUUUCUCCACUCAAAAAGGCUUCAGCAGAAGGUAUUAAUGCUCUCAAGGAAAAGUUUGAAAAAUUCAGAACUGACUAUAUGGAAGCAAAGAGUGGUGAGGUUAAAACUAGGGUUCGUGUAAAGAAGAUUAAUCUUUCGCCAACCAGAGAAACUCAACCUCCUCUCUCACCAAAUCAACUGAAAGGUGCUAGAGCUAGAAAAUAUGAUGACUCUAAUCCUGAAAAACCUCAAAAGCCAAAGAGUAAGAAGGUUAAAUUUGAAGCAACAAUAGGUGAUUCUCCUUCUUCCCCUAAACCAGUUCCUGGAUAUAUGGCCUAUACUCAAUCAGCCCAGCAUCGUAUUGGAGCAACGACAGCUUCUAAGAAGAAACCACUAGUUCCACCAGUGUCUUUCAACUCGGAUAAUGAUUGGAUACUCAAUUUGAGAUCUAAUAAGGAAAAUAACAAUGGACAAUCCCAUUCCUCUUCUACUUCAUCCCUUCUCUUACACCCUCAACCUAAUCCAAACAUUCAUCACCUCACUGCCAAACCUAGAAAGUCUAUUUCCCUCAUGCAUCCUCAACAACAACCAAACUCACCUAGAACGAAAUAAACCUUAUUUAUCAUUUGAGAU